GUUAAGGCCUAUCAAUCUUGCAACAAUCAGAGUCUAAUUGUUUGAGAGUAGCAAAUGGCCAACAAUCAGCAGUUGCUAAUUGUUUAUUUAACUAUCACAAUCAACCCUACAACAAAAUAUAAAUUAAAUGAGUUAAGGUGAUUUAAUUGGUGGUUGAUUUGAAACCGAUUCGGACAUGAUGGCCAUCAUUGAGUGACGUUAUGGCAAUUCAUAGGAUAAAAAUGGAAUUGGAUGAGUUUGAGAAAGAUCCACCGGAGGGAUGUUCAGCUGGUCCAAUUGGUGAUGACUUGUAUUCAUGGGAAGGAAUGAUAUCUGGCCCAUCAGAUUCACCUUAUCAGGGCGGAAUCUUUUUCAUUCAAAUAAACUUUCCAAAAGAUUAUCCAUUUGACCCUCCUCGGAUCCGAUUCAAGACCAAAAUAUAUCAUCCCAAUAUAAGUAAAGAGGGUAACAUUUGCUUGGAUAUUUUAAAGAAGGGUCGUUGGUCAGCUGCUUUGACCAUUUCCCAAGUUAUGCUUUCAAUCACAUCUCUAUUAACUGAUCCCAAUCCUGAUGAUCCUUUGGUCACCGAAGCCGCCAAUCUAUACAAAAAAGAUAGAGAACAAUAUAAUCGAAUAGUUAAAGAUUGGACUAAAAGGUAUGCAAUGACUGAUGGACUUUAAAAUUUGUAUCAUUUAUUUUUUGUACUGAUAAGGUGCCAAUUAUAAUAUAAAAAAUUAAUAAUUUAAACACAUA